AUGAUGAUUCUCGAAGUUGUCGACCGGCUUCUAGGGGAGAGACGCUUUGAGGAAUGCCAGAACCCGCUUGGCAGCUCCGCUGUCCGCCGCUGGCGGUAUUACCUCCCAUCCGCUGACGUUUCGGGGAAUGCGACUGCUGCACAAGGCGAUGGACCCACGGCCGAGAUCCAGAUAUGGUCUGGUUCCCUUAGCGGGGGUGACCUCUUCGUUGGGCUCCUCAACCUGGGUCCAGAGGCCAGGACAAUCAGCGCCACUCUCGCCGACAUCUUCGUCGAUGAGGGGGGCCCGCGCAGCGAAGAGGCAUACGUGUACUGGAAUGCUACGGCGCAGAACUAUGGCGAUAGUGUUGCGGCCGGGGAGCCUGUGCUGCUGGGGCAGUAUGCUGAGGUUGUGGAGGCUGGCGGGUCGUCUGAGAGUUUGGUGGAGUCGCAUAGCGUGUUGGCGGUGAGGCUGCGGAGGAGAGAGGCGGGGUUGAAGAGGAAGAGGGAUGAGCUGUAA